CAUGAUGAUAAAGUGAUUGACAUAAAAAUUGAUUAGAAGCUAAGUUGAUAUGGAGAAAACAAUAGUGGAGGAAAUGGGAAUGUCCCAAUUACUUGAAAAAAUUGGUAUUGAUUGGAAUUCAGAAUUGGUUGAGAAAUUUGGGGUUGUUUCCAUUUGUUUCAUAUGUUCAUACUUUUUGAUUAAACAUAUUUGGGGCUCCGUCAAGAUGGAGAAAGAGCCUACUAGGGUUCUUGUUACUGGAGCUGCAGGACAGAUAGGCUAUGCACUAGUCCCUAUGAUCGCGAGAGGGUUGAUGCUUGGUCCAGAUCAACCGGUUAUUCUCCAUAUGCUUGAUAUUGAACCAGCUAGUGAGGCCUUAAAUGGUGUCAAAAUGGAACUCAUCGAUGCUGCUUUUCCUCUUCUUAAAGGUGUUAUUGCCACCACCGAUGUGGCGGAAGCGUGUCAAGACAUCAAUGUUGCAAUAAUGCUUGGUGGGUUUCCUAGGAAGGAAGGGAUGGAAAGGAAAGAUGUCAUGUCGAAGAAUGUAACUAUUUAUAAAGCUCAAGCUACAGCAUUGGAACAAUAUGCUGCUGAUGAUUGCAAGGUGGUGGUAGUUGCAAACCCUGCUAACACAAAUGCACUCAUUUUGAAGGAAUUUGCACCUUCAAUUCCUGAAAAAAACAUCACAUGUCUUACAAUGCUUGAUCAUAACAGAGCACUCGGUCAAAUUGCCGAGAGGUUAGAUGUUUAUGUUAGUGAUGUCAAGAAUGUUAUCAUAUGGGGAAAUCAUUCUGCUACUCAGUACCCAGAUGUGAAACACGCAAUUGUCACUUCAACGAAUAAGGAGAAGUCUGUACGUGAACUUGUAAACGACGAUCAUUGGUUGAACACUGAGUUUGUUACUACGAUACAACAACGGGGUGCAGCAAUAAUCAACGCACGGAAACUAUCAAGUGCAUUGUCAGCUGCAAGUGCAACUUGCGAUCACAUACGCAAUUGGAUGCUUGGCACUAAUAAGGGAACGUGGAUUUCGAUGGGGGUGUGCUCUGAUGGUUCUUAUGGUAUCGAACCCGGUCUUAUCUACUCCUUCCCCGUAACUUGCAAGAACGGGGAAUGGUCUAUAGUACAGGGGUUAAAAGUCGACGAAUUUUCGAGAGCAAAGAUGGAUACAACGGAGAACGAGCUCAUUGAGGAGAAAGCACUAGCGUAUUCUUGCCUCAAUUGAUUAGUCCAGCUCAAGAUUUCGGCAUGAGCAAUGAUAUAUAGCUUAAGCUGUUAAAUGUAAUGUAUCUACUGCGUGUUAAGCUCAUUGUAUGUAACCUAACCUGUAAAAAGCAUUUGUAACUUGUAAGAGCUUAAUAUAUACAUUGUCAUUAAUUGAAGUAUAUUAAAGCCCUAGCUGAUGGAACGCAAUAUUUACCGUUCAA